CGGGCGUCUCUAGUGGAACAACAGAAAACCCUGCGGUGUAUUCCCGUGGCUACAUGGUUUGGGACACGAAAUCCGCCAGUCCCGAUGCAUCUAACUGUCGGGAGCCGCCAAGAUCACGGAAAAAGGCCGGUGCAUUCCCAGUCCCUUCUUGUUUUAUCUCGCGUUCUCGUCGAUACUCGUUUGUUACUCGCUCUACCCCCUCUGUCGGCGUUUCCAGGCCAGGUCUACGGACUUCAGUCUGUGUCGCACACUUCCAUGGAAACCUUUUCCCGUGAGUCUAUCGACGCUUCCUUCUGCGAGCGCCCUUCUGUGAAGUUCGUACUCGUGCCGCCUCGCGUGUCUGCUCGUUCUCCCUCAGUCGCGGCAGGAAGGUCACUCCUGGCCCAUUCGCGUUCCUUCGUCAGAAGAUUCACUGCCGUGAGGGUCCUUGCAUGUUCGACCCUUCGCGCGGAUGACACGCAUGGCUUCGCCUUCUGGACGCGAAUGUUCCAUGAAGUUGAACUUCCGCCGGAGAGUACCCCUUCUCUGCCACGGGGCUGCUUUGGAGUUUCCUCGCGACGCGGGAGCUCCUCUUCGUGAGCUGUCUUUUCCACGGCGGUUGCGCACUAGGAAACGAAAGCGCACUGUUCUGGUUGCUGCGUUCUCCAGCCCGUCAGCGAGUUCUUCAGAGUCGACUGCGAUUUUCUUGAGCGAGCGUCUUUUCCCCUCCUUUUCGCGUCCGGCGUCCACAUGCCGCAGCACUUCGUCAACGCUGACGAGUUCUGUCGCGGUUGACGUGGCUCGCGCCUUCAUGUGAGAGUCUUUGUGUCGAAUUCGAAGGAGUCUCCUCUCAAGCGCAGCCGGACACUGAGCGCGGCGACGAGAAAAAAACUCGAGUUUUUUUCGUCAUCCGUCUUCGCAAGGGGGCGACUCCUCGGUUGCCGCCAGCACGGGGGAGGUGGCUGCGUUGUAAGCAGACGCAGACAGCCUCUGGCUGCGUGUUUCUCCUUCGUGAGUCGUUUGUUUCCUUGCCUUCUCGUCGAGUUGUUCACGCUUCUUUGGUCGAGGACCUUCCGCGGGUGUCAAAUGCUCUCUCUUCUGUCUGAGUCUCCCUCCCUUUUUGGCGUGACUCGCGCGUGUCGAGGCCGCGGCCUCGCAGGGGGACCCAACGACGCGCCCGGCGCUGCUUUUCGCAGAAAAGCAAUAGCGAACGCGAGAUUUUCAUUGUUCUUGUGAACGCGCGCUCCAGCACUCCUGCUCGAAAAAGUCAAGGGAGGAUCUCGUCGAGGCGCGCCCGGGUUGUCGGCCAGUUCGAGCUCCUCAGAGACACGGCAAGUGACUCUCGAAAUCGCGCCCCUUCUGCCGCUCUCACCACCUCUCCUGCAAACGCUGUCCAGUCAAACACUGUCUAAAAGAAAAGGCAAAACACAGAGCGAGACCCCUUCCGAUUUGCUUUUUUACCACCGACUACAGCCGUCGUCUCUGGGUCUGCAUUUAUCCUGGGUCGCAGACCUGCUCCGAUAAAACCGCGCGAAUCCUGGAAGAAACAGCUGAGUGCGUUCUCUCGGAUUUCCCGUGGCUCUUUCUCGCUGCCGAAGGUUCCUCUUUGCAAGAUUUGACUUUUGUUUCGUUGGAGGAAACCCCAAUUCGACUUCCGCGCUCCCACUCUACAAGACACCGUACGGGAGGGUGUGGCGGUCAAUUUUUCAAACUUUCAGGGAGUCGUCCACUCAUGUCAAACAUUUGUUAACCAGUUUUUUCCCCUCCGUCUCUUAUUUUCCCCGAGCCCCUUUGAGUUCUUUUGGCAUCUUUCCACGCGUCGCUCUCCUCCGUCGUUCGUUUUCUGCUGCGCUGCCGCAGGUUUAUCCCGCCCUCGCGUGUCUGCCCUUUCGGCUGACUCACCUGCCUCUCUUUCCACGUUCUCCUCCCUCUCUUUCGUAUCUCUACUUUCUUUGCGUCUCCUCGUUGCUCUCCGCAGACCGCUUCUUCCCUUCCGAGAGAGACCAUCCCUUCUCGAUUUUCAGGCUCUGCUGGCCUCCCGCAACUCGUUGCUCCCCCAUCCCUUCUGCUCAGUCUGUUUCUUUCAGACCCUCACUUCCUUCUCCUUCUGCGUCUGCUUCUCCUCUUCGUCGCUUCCCCUUCUUCCUGUCUCCUUCUUCGUCUUCGCUUACUCUGCCUCCUCUCUUCUUCGUUUCGUUUCCUGUCUCCAACGUUUUUCUCUCUCUCUCACUCUCUGCGUUCGUCCACCUUCGCGGUUUCCCUCUCUGCUUAUCCAAUGCGUUCGGCCGCGGGGGUGCCCGCUGCGGGGCCUCAGGAAGGCUCGGGGAAGGCCGGCCAGGGAUGGCGCAUGAAUCCGGAGCACUCAGGCGAUGAGAAGAAGAUCACGGAAGCGCUUCAAGAGGUCUUGAGUCGAGCAGGCAAUAAACUGUGUGCAGACUGCGGCGCCAAACAUCCGCGAUGGGCGUCCGUCAACCUAGGCGUCUUCGUUUGCCUCGAGUGCAGCGGGGUCCACCGAAAGAUGGGCGUCCACAUCAGCAAGGUGAAGUCGGCGACUUUGGAUCGCUGGACUUGGCAGUGGAUCGAGACGGUCCGCAGCAUCGGGAACGACACUGCCAAUGCGUACUACGAGUACAGACUUCCCAAAGACUACAGGAAAGCUACACGAGGAGACGACAACAUGGCCGUGGAGAACUGGAUUCGAAUGAAGUACGAACGAAAGUCGUUUGCUCCCAAGGGAUUUCCAGAGCCAUGGCAGGCCGUCGAAUCAGGCGCCGACCCUCGCGUCCAGUGUUUUCCUUCUGAGGAAGGCAACGCGAGCGAGACGUCAGCCGAAGAGGCAAAGAAAGUCAAGAGCAAGAAGGAGAAGAAGAAGAAGAAAGAGAACCUCUCUGAAGCGGAUUGUUCAGGCAUGUCUCCCAGAGCGUCUUCGCCGGAGCAGAAGGAACCCCAGCCCUCGGCAGCGGACCAGCGCGCGACGGCGGCUUCUGCGGCGAGUCUUGUGGCGCUGACCGACAGCUUUGCUUCUCUGGGUGUCUCGGACUUGGCGAAUCUCUCUUCGGGAGCGUCGAAUGCGUUUUCUUCGCCUUUUCCUGCGUCCCCCUUUUCUUCGCUGGGCGCCUCCUCUGACUUCUCUGGGCAAGGCGCCUCGCCAGCCUCUGAACCUGCACAAGGAGGCGACGCGCAGCUCUGGGGGAACUCGGACGCCGACAGGAAAGUCCAAGCUGCCAAGGCAGCCAUCGCAGCCUUGUACAGCACCUCUGGAACCUCAGGGUUGCCGGCUUCCUUGGGCGCGGGCCUUGGCCCAUUUCCGGCUGGGACUGUGGGGUGUGGAGGCCCGAGUUCGGGGACGAGCCCCGAGUGGCCCGAAAACGCGCCCCCCACGAACCCUGCCGCGCCCUGGCCGGGAGCCUGGCCCGCUGCGUCGCAGGAGACGGUCGCGCAUCGAGGCGGGGGCCAAGCGCUGCAUGCAACCACUCUGAGUUCUUCCUUCUUUCCGCCUGCGGCCCCGGCUGCACCCAGUAGGAACGGGGUCUUCUUCAGCUCUGACGCAAGUGUCUCCCCGUCUCUGGGCUCCGCGCCUGUCCUCGGUGCGACCCGACUGGAGACCGAGCAGAGCCGAAACGGCGGCGUCGGGGCUGCCGACUCUCUGGCCGGCGGCAUGAAGCUCGGCGAAGUUUCACUGUGGAACGCGGAUGUAUCGAGCCCGCCCAAGAAGGAUGUCUUUUCGUCCUUGAACUCACUGGACGCAUUUGCGUUGGCGGGGAAAGUGCAAGCCAAACAAAAGGCGACGCCAACGGCAGGAGUUUCAACAUGCUGCUCAGGUGGAACGCAGCUGAAUGGAGCGAAGAGCGACGCGACGUUCGCAGGCGCAGGCUGGCUGGGGGUGGCGACUCCGUCUCCCCCGGCGCAGGCCCCCGGGAGUUCGGCAGAAGAGCUUUUGCUGAUUUAAUUCGAGCGAAGGAAGGAUGCGUGGAGAGGUGGAGAGGGUGCUGGAGAAGACAGGAGAGACGGGUUCGAAGAAAACGUGAGCGACAGGCGGGAUUUUUCACCGAUGCGUGGAAUGGCGUUUGUGGCUGCGGCUUGUUUUCCCGCGGUCGUUUCCCUUGUAUUCAUAGAUUGUCCGCCUGUCUGAGGAGAGGCACAAUGGGUAUAAUCUUUCUGUUCUUCUCGCAUCAGUUUCCCUUUUUCAGUGGUGUGCGUUCGCGUUUCCGCCAUUUCUUUCGUCUCUCGGCUUGCCGCGCAAGCUUCCCUUCUCAGUCGAGCCACGGUGCUGACACCAAAGAAGAAAGCUCAACUGAGAGUGUGUGGCCGCACUGUUCACUGGACGUCCUUUUUGAGGGCAGGGUCAGUAGCUGAGGCAGUUGGAAGAGAGUGAAGAAAACGGGACGUCUUUCGUUGUAGAUCUGCGCGUCUGUCCCGAAGGAACGCACUGUUUCGUAACUUCCGGACUGGAUCUGGUGACUCCCACCGUUGCACUGCGCAGUCUCUAGUGCCUCAAACGAGUAUCUCUCGUGUCAAGACGUGGAGAAGAAUCUGUUGGCGAGUCGAACCUCAACGUCAACCGAAAGCUCGCACCUCAUGUGUAAAGAACUUUAUUGUCCGUUGCUCGUCACUGGAGGUGUGUUCAGUUCCCACGUAAAAAAAACACGGCAGUUCCACGCGAGGAGACGCGAACUCGUGAAAGCGGCAUAUGCAGCG